AUGACCACCAGCGGCCCCGUCCCACUGGUCUCGCAGGUGCAGCGCAAGCCACUGACAUACACCCCAAGCCCAUGGGGUGACUUCUUCCUCGAGCACAUCCCAUGCACUCCAUCACAGUUCUUGUCAAUGAAGGAGAGGGCACAGAUCAAGAAGGAACAAGUGAGGCAGAUUGUAUUAGAAACCGUUGCCACCUCCAACCUGAUACAGAAGAUGGAGCUCGUCGACACGAUGCAACGGAUCGGGCUGGACUACCACUACAAGAAGGAGAUCAAUGAUUUGCUUUGCUCUGUCUACGAUGACAAAGAUGGAGGCUCUGACAACCUCUACAUCACCUCGCUGAGGUUCUAUUUGCUCAGGAAGCAUGGGUACGGAGUCACUUCAGGUGUGUUUGAGAAAUUCAGGGAUGAGCAAGGGAACAUUUCAAGUGAUGAUGUCAGCUGCUUGCUGAUGUUGUAUGAUGCUGCGCAUCUGAGAACUCGUGGGGAGGAUAUACUUGACAACAUCAUCACUUUCAACAAGAGCCACCUCCAAUCUCUACUGCUGCUGGAAAAUUUGGGGCCAGAGCAACAAGACGAGGUCCAGUGCACUUUGGAAACACCUCGGUUCAGGCGGGUCAGCAGAGUCGAGGCAAGGCGCUACAUCUCAGUAUAUGAGAAGAAGACUACACGGGAUGCGACCAUACUGGAGUUUGCAAAACUAGACUACAACAUCUUGCAAGCUAUCUACUGUGAUGAGUUGAAAGAACUUACAGCAUGGUGGAAGGAUUUCCAAUCACGAAUAGAUCUGUGCUUUACAAGGGACAGAAUGGUGGAGCUGCAUUUUUGGAUGCUCGGAGUGCUUUUUGAGCCUUAUCACUCAUAUCCACGGCAAAUGAUGACAAAGUUUUACAUAAUCAUGACCUUAAUUGAUGACCUUUAUGACAACUACAGCACCACAGAGGAGAGCGAUAUCUUCACUACGGCCAUGGAAAGGUGGGAUGAAGAAAUCACAGAACAGCUUCCAACAUACAUAAAGGCACUCUUCAUCAACAUACGUAACACUACAAAUAAGAUCGAGGAGGAGUUAAGACACAAGAAAAACAAGCAUGCUGAAUUGUUCAAGAAACUGGUGAUUGACAUGGCUAAAAACUACCAUGCUGAGGUGAAAUGGCGAGAUGAACAUUUCAUUCCAACCAAUGUUGAAGAGCACCUCCAAAUUUCCUUGCCUAGCAGUGGUUGUAUGCAUAUGACAAAUCUUGGGUUUAUUUCAUUGGGAGAUGUGACUACUAAGGAGGAUGUUGAGUGGGCUCUCACCUUUCCAAAAAUCAUUAGAGGUGUCUGUAUCGUGGGGCGUGUCGGCAAUGACAUCGUGUCGCAUGAGCGUGAACAAGCUAAGGAGCAUGUGGUAUCCACAGUGCAAACUUACAUGAACCAAUAUGAGGUGACAGUAGAGGAAGCCAACAAAAUGCUUAAAGUUAUAAUUGAAGAAGCAUGGAUGGAUAUUGUUGAAGAAUGCAUCGAGCACAAACGUCCUAUGGCACUUUUAGAGGUAGCAGUCAAUGUUGCCCAAACAAUGGAUUUCAUGUACAAGAGUGAAGACGCAUUCACCCUUUCAUUUAGCCUCAAGAACACUAUAGCUUCAAUAUAUGUCAACUCCGUGUGA